AUGUAUAGGCCUUCGAGGCCAGCUUUGUGGGACCGCCUCUCUACCAUCUUAGCGUGGUGGUUAAUUUUCACUGAUUGCACUGUUCACGCGGUAUCACCAUGGAUUAUGGCAUGGUCUGACGAUAAAUUUGGCCCUGAUGGUCCUUGGCAAGCUGUUUCUGUAGGCGUAGGUACACCUGCACAGACAAUUGCCCUCUAUCCCGGUGGACGGUGGUCAAGUGGUAUCCUUUUGACGACAAUCUGUGAUAACCAAACGACAUCUUCAACCUGUUAUGCCAAAAAGGCCGGACUAUUUGAUCAAACUGAAUCUUCCACAGGAGGUAAUGUCACGCAGCCAACUUCCUGGGCAAGCUACUCUUCCGCUUCAGUUGAUGGAGAGGUCUGGAAAAACACGUUUUACGACCAGGUCACUUUAGCAGGAGCUACGACAAUCCCAAAUGUCAGUAUGGUUGGUAUCCACUAUGCAUAUCAAACAUACCCGAAUGGACGCAGCUAUCCAAUUGAAGUAGGGACGCUAUCACUGGGCGCACCCGCAUUGAAUCACGUUUGGGAGGUCUACAUGACCUUUAUCACGAGUUAUAUGUGGACGACGGCUAGCAGAAGAAUACCAUCCUACUCUUAUGGACUGCAUAUUGGAUCGGUGGCGCUUGGAAUCCCCGGUUCUCUCCUACUUGGCGGAUACGAUCAGAAUCGAAUCAUGGGGGCAGUUUCAUCGCAGUCCUUUUCGCCAUAUGGAAAACGUGCUGGUGGCAACCUGGUAAUUGGACUACAAAGGAUUGAGAUUGGAGUUGCGACAGGAGGCUCCCCGUGGAACUAUACAAAGAAGGGAAAUCUCCUGACAGAAUCGAAUUCGAGCAUGAUCGCACCUGUUUCAGUAGAACUUGAUCCUUUACGGCCUUACCUGUACUUACCACAAAGUACGUGCGAUGCCAUCACCUCACAGCUUCCUGUGACAUUCGAUAACGGGCUCGGUCUCUAUUUCUGGAAUAAAUCAAGCAGCCAUUACCGAUCAAUCGUAUCGUCACCCGCCUACCUUUCAUUUAUGUUUCAAAAAGAUUCAACAAACAACCAAAAUAUCACCAUCAAAGUCCCUUUCUCACUCCUGAACCUCACUCUGGAAGCACCCCUAGUUGAUUCGGAUACUUCUUACUUUCCCUGCUUUCCUACAAAUGAAUCUUAUACUCUCGGUCGCGCAUUCCUUCAAGCGGCCUUUAUUGGUGAAAACUAUGCAAGCGGAGAUGGGAAUGGAGCUUGGUUUUUGGCGCAGGCACCUGGACCUGGAGUGAUUGAUACCCCAACUCAAGUUAACAUCGAAGUUGACGAUCGGACAAUCGCUGGUACAGAUGACUCGUGGGAAGUCAGUUGGGAAGCACACUGGACACCGCUGGCACUAGCGAAUACGACAGCCUCUGACUCCAAAUUGAGUCAAAGCUCUACAGGCCUCUCAGAAGGAGCAAAAAUCGGCAUCGGUGUUGGUAUUGGGUGUGCAUCAGCGAUUGUGAUAUGUGCUCUGGUUUGGUUUUUUAUCCGUCGGAGGCGUAAGGCAGCGGCUGAGAAUCAGCCACAUGUUUCACAAAUGACGCUCCACAGCUAUUCAACACCUUUGACUGAGAGACAAGAAUUGGCUGAUAAAGAUACCUCUUCUCGCAUUCAUGAGGCGCCGAACGAUGUAUCUCACAUACGAAAUGGAACUUAUGAGUUGGAUUAG